AUGAGGAUUACCACCUUUUCGAGAUAUAUUCGUAGUCUCUCUCGGCUUAGAGCAUUUGUGCCUUUGCAAUCUCGAGCCUUCCAGCCUGAUGUUGCUACUAGAGAUUCUAAUGCCAGGCCAAUUAAGUACAAAAUUCCUCAAUCUUAUGACCCGUAUGGCCCUAGACCUCCACCUUCCGAUAAAAUUGUGCAGCUUGCAGAACGUAUCGCGGCACUAUCGGAAGAAGAACGCGGUCAUAUUAUGCCUACUUUGUCGGAAAGAUUAAAUCUUCCUAAGUUGGAGCCGAUUUCAACUGAAGGCAUGGACUUGGGUUCAGAAGGCGGUGCCGGGCCAAAGGUUGAGGAGAAAAAGGCAGAGAAAACAGCUUUUGAUGUCAAGUUAGAGAAAUUUGAUGCUGCUGCGAAGAUCAAGGUGAUUAAGGAGGUAAGAGCAUUUACUAACCUGGGAUUGAAAGAAGCUAAAGAUCUUGUUGAAAAGGUACCAACUGUUCUUAAACAAGGAGUCACAAAAGAAGAGGCAAAUACUAUUAUAGAAAAAAUAAAAGCUGCCGGAGGAGUUGCAGUUAUGGAGUAG